GUCUUGUGUGCAGCUACAUUCUUAGAGUGUUAAUGCAUCUUAACUUGUCAGUGUUUCCCGAGAAAUACUACAUUCACAGAUGGAGACCAAAGGAAAAAAAGACAUCAGAAAACUAAGGUAUGGAGUCCCUGAGGAACUAACAGCAGGUGAACAUCACCUUAGGUACAUGGUGUUGUCUAGCAGACUCAAUGAAUGGGCUUCUGAUACUGCGUCAUCUAAUGAAAAAUACAUGUAUCUGGUUGCGGAAGGUGUUAGGAUAGAGGAAAAGCUAGAUGAGAUGACUUUGGCAGAGGAGCAACAAAAAAUGCAAGGCAAGCAGUCUGAACCAAGUUCACCUCCAGCUCCUAUUAUUAACAAAGAACACCCUGAUGGUUAUGGAGAGAACCUAAAAGAUCCAGAUGUUAUUAUUUCGAAAGGGCGUCCACAGGAACGUUACAAGACUUUUUUGGAGAAAUUACAUGCAAAACAACAGAUUGGGUGUGGCCACUGUGGUCAGCAUGACCAUGUUUUUGUUUCAUGCACAAACAAACACAUUCCAAAGUCUCAAUUUCACAAGAAGACUAUAGUUGGCAAAAAAACAUCAGAUGUGACUCCUACUUCGCAUGAUACUUGUAUGAAAAAUCAAACAGCAGGUAGCAAAAGAAAAAACGAGAAACGGAGUUCACAAAAAGAUGCUACUAGUGCACCUAGUGCUGCAAGGGGGCUACCAACUAGUCGUGCAAGGGAGCUACCAGCUAGAAAGACACAAACAGGAGGAAAGCAAAAAAAGUGUUGAGCAGCAAACAAGUCAAGAAGAUUUUGCUACUGCAUCUUGAAGAAGACAUAUCUUGCUCCAUCAAGUAUUGUAAAAGACUAGAAACUAUGUCAUUGAUCUGAAAAAAUGUUGCUCCAUCAAAAAAAUUUUGUAGUGGAAACUAUGUAUUGCUGCAAAAAAAAA